CAUCUGUUGGUAAAACGAAAUCCCGCGUCUUAAGUGCAAAAUUAUAAGAUAAGCAUUCAAUUUAUUUACUAUACAUAUAUAUUAUAUAAAUUUUAAUACCGUGAUAGUGAUUUUGAAGAUUGACAAAUAUUUUUGUGAUGCAAUUUAUGUUAUGCAAUAUUUAAUAUAACCUUGAAAAAACUUUACCCGGCGCCCACACUCGAAAGGAGAGAUGUCACACAUUAACGACUUAAUAGGGGUAUUGAGGGGCCUGCGACUUGUGGUGGAGGCGGGGACAAAGGCUCAGCAGGAAAUGUCAAGUGUAGUAUGGAAUAACUCCAGUUUAAAACCACUGCUAACCAACUGCCCGACUAACACUAUCUCCUUCAACCCCAACCCCAAUACAACCAAGGAGUUAGUAGACCGAGCACUUGUCGUCGCCCAUGGCUUCAGGCAGUUUGCCUUCUUGCAUAUACCUAAUAUCACAACUAGUGUAGUACAACCACAGAUGGAUCAACAAAUGAAAGAUGAAAUCGAGGAACUAAACAAGGAGUUCAAUCGUACCUUUGAGUCUUUGAAGAAGGUACAGGUGGAGACGCCUGCACUAUAUGACCAACCUGUCUUAAGUAAAGUGGAGGCAGUGGCUCCCCUUGAAGAGUUGCAGGCAGCACACACCACUCAAAGUAUACCAACCAGAAUACCAACACCACAAAGUAUUAGGGCCGAGCAAAUAGUCCAAGCUGUGUUCUCCCCGGAACCCACUGAUUCCAAGCUCUUGAGUACUCCACCCACUACUAGUACAGCAUCUAAGGCUAAGCCAGUGGCAAAAAAGAAGAUAAAGGUUGCGCUGAGUGAAAAUUCGAAAGCUCGCGUGGUACCCUCUUCCCGUAUAGGCCGAAUGAUAUCGUUUGGUUCACUGGCUGCUGGAUUAGGAGUUGGAACUGUGGCACAGUAUGCAAGGAACACAUUCCAGUCGGUCACAGGGCAUGUUGAUGAAACAACCAAUGCAUUCCUGUCACCAGCAAACGCUGAGAGGAUUGUCGACACGCUGUGCAAAGUUCGAGGUGCUGCUCUCAAGCUGGGACAACUGCUGAGUCUCCAAGACGACGCCAUGAUAUCCCCCGAGCUUCAGCGUAUCUUUCAACGCGUGCGGCAAUCGGCCGACUUCAUGCCUUCGUGGCAAGUUGAGAAAGUUAUGACCUCGCAGCUCGGCCCCGAGUGGAGGACCAGAGUCGCUUCUUUUGAGGAUAAACCUUUUGCUGCUGCUUCUAUUGGUCAAGUACAUCUAGCCAUACUACACGAUGGUACAGAGGUAGCCAUGAAAGUGCAGUAUCCGGGCGUAGCGCAAGGCAUCAACAGCGAUAUUGAUAACCUGGUGGGAGUCAUGAAGGUGUGGAACAUGUUCCCGAAAGGAAUGUUUAUUGACAACGUAGUGGAGGUGGCGAAGAAGGAGCUGGCUUGGGAGGUGGACUACCUUCGCGAGGCCGAAUGCACUCGGAAGUUCAAGAAACUGCUUGAACCCUACCCAGAGUACUUUGUACCAGAAGUUAUAGAUGAGCUGAGCUCCGCGGAAAUUCUAACAACGGAACUCAUCGACGGUAUGCCGUUAGACAAGUUGUUCGACGCCGAGUAUUCCGUGCGAGUCGACAUCGCGCACAAGAUCAUGCAGCUCGUGCUCAGGGAGAUGUUCGUACUGCGCUGCAUGCAGACCGACCCCAACUGGGCCAACUUCUUCUACAACCCCACUACCAAGCAGGUGAUUCUGUUGGAUUUCGGCGCCACGCGAGAGUACUCCAAGGAGUUCAUGGACCAGUACAUUGAGAUCAUCCACGCCGCCUCGCGGGGUGACCGAGACGCCAUCUUGCGGAUGUCGCGUGAGAUGAAGUUCCUUACCGGCUAUGAGUCUAAGGUAAUGGAGGAGACACACGUCGACAUGGUGAUGAUAAUGGGCGAAGUGUUCACGAGCGCGGGCUCUGGGGAGUUCGACUUCGGCACACAGCAGACGACGCGCCGCAUUCAGGCACUCGUGCCCACCGUCCUGACGCAGCGCCUGUGCCCGCCGCCAGAGGAGAUCUACUCCCUACACAGGAAGCUCUCCGGCGUCUUCCUACUCUGCUCCAAGCUACGCGUCAGCAUGAAUUGCCGCAACAUGUUCCACGAGAUAUACGACCAGUACAAAGCUAAUAGCACCAGAUAAAUGAACAAUAGAAGAAAAAUGUCCUUCGUUUCGGCACACGGGUAAUAGAAAUGUGUUGUCAUAUCGAAAAAUUAACGUGAAGUCUUGUUAGUGGCAUGUGAACAAAUUAGCUUUCAAGUGUAUUCUUGCUUUUUAAGUAAAAUUAUGUUGUGCGGUAAAUACUUAGGUCGUAAUGACUGUGUUGAUCGUCCUAAUUAAUUUUGUGCUGAAGAAAUAAUGCAUUUUAUCUAGUAAUAUUAACGAACAAAUAAAGUUUAUUUAU